GUAUAAAACCGGCCAUAUGACAUUCUCAUCAUUGUUGAUAGCGAAGGUUAGCAACCUUACCUCGGCUUGGCAAGACGGCUGCAGAGGGUGACGAAAGCAAUUUGAAAGAAUAAGUUGUUCUUUGGUGGUGGUUUAAGGGAACAAAUUAAGAUGCCAGAACCACAUGAUCAAAACAUGGAGGAGGAGGCAGAGACCUUUGCCUUCCAGGCAGAAAUUGCCCAGCUGAUGUCCCUGAUCAUCAACACUUUCUACUCCAACAAAGAAAUCUUCCUCAGGGAACUCAUCUCCAACUCCUCAGACGCUCUGGAUAAAAUCCGCUAUGAAAGUCUCACAGACCCCACCAAAUUGGACUCUGGGAAAGACCUCAAGAUUGACGUCAUUCCCAACAAAGCCGAGCGCACCAUCACACUCAUAGACACUGGCAUCGGCAUGACCAAGGCCGACCUCAUCAACAACCUGGGCACCAUCGCCAAGUCUGGCACCAAGGCCUUUAUGGAGGCUCUGCAGGCUGGAGCUGACAUCUCCAUGAUUGGACAGUUCGGUGUCGGUUUCUACUCCGCCUACCUGGUGGCAGAGAAGGUGACCGUCAUCACCAAACACAACGAUGAUGAGCAGUACAUCUGGGAGUCAUCCGCUGGAGGCUCCUUCACCGUCAAAGUUGAUGCAUCUGAGCCAACCAUGCGUGGCACCAAGGUCAUCCUGCACCUGAAGGAGGACAUGAUGGAGUACGUGGAGGAAAAACGAGUUAAAGAGAUCGUCAAGAAGCAUUCUCAGUUCAUUGGCUACCCUAUUACCCUUUAUGUGGAGAAGGAACGUGAUAAGGAAGUGAGUGACGACGAAGCAGAGGAGGAGGAGGAGAAGGAGAAAGAGAAAGACAAAGUGAAGGAGAAAGACGGAGAGGAUGAACAGAAGAGCGAGGACAAGCCAGAGAUUGAGGACGUGGGUUCAGACGAGGACGAGGACCAUGACCAUGACCAUGACAAGUGUGGGGAGAAAAAGAAGAAGAAGAAGAAGAAGAUCAAGGAGAAGUACAUCGAUCAGGAGGAGCUGAACAAGACCAAGCCUCUCUGGACUCGGAACCCUGAUGACAUCACCAACGAGGAGUAUGGGGAGUUCUACAAGAGCCUCACGAACGACUGGGAGGACCACCUGGCAAUCAAGCACUUCUCAGUGGAAGGGCAGCUGGAGUUCCGUGCCCUCCUCUUCGUGCCCCGUCGUGCCCCCUUUGACCUCUUUGAGAACAAGAAGAAGAAGAACAACAUCAAGCUCUACGUGCGCAGAGUCUUCAUCAUGGACAACUGCGACGAUCUCAUCCCUGAGUACCUCAACUUCAUGCGUGGUGUGGUGGACUCUGAGGAUUUGCCCCUGAACAUCUCCAGAGAGAUGCUGCAGCAGAGCAAGAUCCUGAAGGUCAUCCGCAAGAACCUGGUCAAGAAGUGCAUGGAGCUCUUCACCGAACUGGCCGAGGACAAGGACAACUACAAGAAGUUCUACGAGCACUUCUCCAAGAACAUCAAGCUUGGCAUCCAUGAAGACUCCCAGAAUCGCAAGAAGUUGUCCGAAAUGCUGCGAUACUACACCUCGUCCACCGGGGACGAGAUGGUGUCCCUUAAAGACUAUGUCACACGCAUGAAGGACACCCAGAAACACAUAUACUACAUUACUGGUGAGACCAAGGACCAGGUGGCCAACUCGGCCUUCGUGGAGCGCCUCCGCAAAGCCGGCCUGGAGGUGAUCUACAUGAUUGAGCCCAUUGAUGAGUACUGUGUCCAGCAGCUGAAGGAGUUUGAUGGCAAGAACCUCGUGUCUGUGACCAAGGAGGGCCUGGAGCUGCCCGAGGAUGAGGAUGAGAAGAAGAAUCAGGAGGAGAAGAAGUCUCAGUUUGAGAACCUGUGCAAGAUCAUGAAGGACAUCCUGGAGAAGAAGGUGGAAAAGGUAACGGUGUCCAACCGUUUGGUGUCGUCUCCCUGCUGCAUUGUGACCAGCACGUACGGCUGGACGGCCAACAUGGAGAGGAUCAUGAAGGCCCAGGCUUUGAGAGACAACUCCACCAUGGGCUACAUGGCUGCCAAGAAGCACCUAGAGAUCAACCCCGACCACCCCAUCGUCGAGACUCUGAGGCAGAAGGCAGAGGCCGACAAGAACGACAAGUCGGUGAAGGACCUGGUGAUCCUGCUGUUUGAGACUGCAUUGCUGUCCUCUGGGUUCACCCUGGAUGACCCCCAGACACACUCAAAUCGCAUCUACAGGAUGAUCAAACUCGGCUUAGGCAUUGAUGAGGAUGACCUAUCAACAGAAGAAACCAUUGCUGCUCCCGUUGAGGAUAUGCCACCCUUGGAGGGUGAAGACGACACAUCCAGAAUGGAGGAGGUCGAUUAAAGCCACAGUCUAUUUUGUGUGCAGAGUAAACCUUGGCUUAAGUGCUGUAAAUGGUUAUAGGAUUUGAUGUUCAAAUGAUUCCUGGAAUGUCUGUCCCUAGUCCCAGCUACAUGUUAGUUUGCCCCCCCCACACCACAUUAAUUACAAUUCCCCUGGCAUUGGCGUGACCAUAGCCUAUCAUUGACAUUCCUUUCUAAUUCCUACCUUUUUUUGUAUUAAGUUGUGUAUGCUUUUUUUUAUUAUUAUUUAUUUACAUUCCAGUUUUGCUUUUCUGUGAACUGUAUUGUACAUAUCAAAUUGAUACUGUAACUUGAGAUGGUGGGACCCACAAAAUAAAAGUUUGCCAUGUGAAUCUCUUUAA